CGGUGCCUGAGAAUAUGGACGAUAAGUAUAAGGGAUUCAUCUUGAGGAUGCUCAUGACCCAAGACAAUGCGCCGGCCAUCCUCUGCCUCAUCAAGAUCAUCGCCAAGCACGUCACCAUCGACAAGGGGAGCCCCCCGGAGAACCCGCGCUACAAGAUGAGCUACCAGUGCCUCCUCAACACCGCGUACAAACUCCACAAGAAAGGCUACCUCAAACCCAGGAAGGAUAUUUCCAAGAUGGAGGUGACUAUAGCGAGGGAGCGGGAUCCGUGUCUAGACUGCACGCGGCAAAAUCAGAAGGGGGUGCAGCUCCUGCUCAAGGACAGGAUGCAUGAUCCAAACGAACUCGUCCUAGAGAUAGCACUGCACGACACGGUCGCCAUCCUUUCCUACACCGUCAUCGAUGCCGUCAAGAAAAACGUCACCAUCAAGCGGGUCAAAGGCUGGCACGGGAAACGCAAGCACGUAUACGUCAUCGACUUUAUAGGACUCGCCUCAACGCCCGGAAUGUUAAAAGUGUUCGAAGGUAUCGAGGGGGCCUUCGGCGACAUACUCCGCAAAAUCGCCUCUGAAAACGACAAUGGUGAUGGUGAUGGUAAUGGUAAUGGUAAUGGUAACGGUAAUGGUAAUGGCAAGGGUAAUGGUAAUGGCAAGGGUAAUGGUAAUGGCAAGGGUAAUGGUAAUGGCAAGGGUAAUGGUAAUGGUAAAGGUAAUGGGAAAGGUAAUAGCAACCUUCAAUUGUCACCGUCUCCAUCCGCGAGUCCGUCGCGGACUGAUUAUUGAGUUGAUUGAUAAAACUGUAGACAAAGAAGCCGAAGGGAAAUUGGAGCGAUCAUAUUGCUUAAAAUGGGUGGUUGUUACAGACUAUAGAUCCCUAAAUUUUUCCAAGCGGAAAAAUUUUGGAGUAGCCGCUUAGGCCAAAGUUUAGGGGGCGAUCCCUCGGUAGCUCCCUAACCUCGGUAGUCAGCCCCCUGUGUGCGUCCCUUUCUCUCGACGGAACGCCAGGAGAUCCUCCCUGGGCCCUAUGCAUAAAUAAACAUCCAAUUUUCAUCCGAUCUGCCUCGAAUCGUUAGGGCUCUUGUGCCACCACCGUUUUUUGUGCAAAAUAGGAUUGUGAAUUGAUUGUGAAUCCCCGCGAACUCAUCAUUCAAAUUGGAAGUAUCGACACAGAAGACGAUGGAGAAAUGUGGCGAUCCUGUUGGUUGGGACGGGUGGUUGUUAUGGACUAAGGGGGGAUAUGGUGGUCAACUAUAAGGCCGCUUGUGGGUUGAUAUUAGUUCGUCUCGGGUUCCUGUUAGUACCCGGCGCCUCCACCAUGUAAUCAACCCAAAAUAAGAUGGUGAUGAGUCCAGAAUCCUUGGAGCUGCCUGGCAUGGGGGACGUAGCAGCAGAGCUCUUGAUAGAGUGACCACAACUCGAGAAGUACUGUGCGAUACUUUAUUUCUUAUGAACUAAAUGGAUACAAACGAUCCACGACACAAACUCAAAAUGCUCAAAAGCUCAUUUGCAACUGAAUGGGUCCCGGUUCACUCUGAGCACUAAGAUCGUUGGACCUCACUCGGCGAUCUAGAUCUCCGUAAAACGCAUGGCCGACUGCCCAGAACCAAGACUGAAGCCGACCAAACUUACAACUAGCUCCGGCCCUGAAAAGUCGGCCAUGAAACAUCACGGCUGGGGUAAUUUAUACCCAGAAAACCGCGUCCACUGCAAUCUCUCCCUCUCUUAAGCGCCGGAAAGCGCAAACAAGUGCUCGGCACAAAUUGCGAGUCUUCCAUCCUUCGUUUGUCCAUUCCAACUACUCGCUUCCACCAAUCGGAUCGCUCAAUUUUCUUUAUCUUUAAAGUUCAAUAAUCAGCUGGCUGACUCUCCGCAUUAUCUUUAGCCGCUAUCCAUCCCUUGCCUUUAGGGUGUCACUUCGCGGCGAUGGCAAUUUAUUGAAGAUCUAUCCCUAAUAAACGAAUUGUGCCCCUUCCGAGUAAAUUUUAGUCCCUUAAAAGAUUCAGCUGUACCUACGUCUUCGGUGAUCAAUGAUUCUUCAAUAACUGUCAUAUUUUAUUAUUGAAUGC